AAAGUAGGCUAAGAAAAGAUGGCGGAAUCUUCGCCAGCGGACCCGGAAGCAUUUACCCUCUACUUCCUCCUCCUGUUUGGCUUCUGUGUCACCUACAGGCGUCCGGUCGCAGACUCUUCGAGGCGCUUCCUGUCCGUACCACAGAAUCACCAUGAUUCUCCAGAGGCUUUUCCAGCUCUCCUCUGUUGUUCGCUCGGCAGUUGCCAUUCACUUGCGGAGGAACAUUGGUGUUACAGCGGUGGCAUUUAAGGAACUUGAUCCUAUACAGAAACUCUUCGUGGACAAGAUUAGAGAGUACAAGUCAAAGCGACAGGCAUCUGGAGGACCUGUUGAUACUGGCCCAGAAUAUCAGCAAGAACUGGAGAGAGAGCUUUUUAAGCUUAAACAGAUGUAUGGUAAAGCAGACAUGAAUACGUUCCCUGACUUCAAAUUUGAAGAUCCCAAGUUUGAGGUCGUCGAUAAACCCCAGUCCUGAAGAAAGAAUGUAAAAUCAGUCCAGUAGCUUUUCAUUAUUAGUUGUAUAACUAGUAUAAAAAUCUGAAUAAACAUAACAUUUCAUAACUGUUAAAUAUUCUUUAAAUUCUGAUUCCAAAUAAAUUAUUUGGUGAUGUCAAGUA